UGUCAGCUUUUCACUUUGCUGACGUGUUUGUCAAGUUUUUCCAAUGAAUCGUUAGGAAUAAGUUCCUCAUACCAGACAAGCAAAGAGUGGAAAAAAAAACAAGGAAACUGAGGCUGUUUGAUUGAAAGCUUUAAGUUAGCGUGUGGCUGCAGAGGCUGCUGCAUUCACAAUGUGUUUCUCUGUGUUGGUGCUGCUGCUGGUCAGCGGCAUCCAGGCUGAACGCUUUUUGGGGACAGUGAUAACCUACUACCCAGAAAGUUUGAAUGACUCCAACAGGGUGAUUCUUCAGUAUAAGCUUAACUUUGACUCAUGCAGUCAAGAUAAUACACUGAGCUGCUUUGCUGGGGACUGUGGGACUCAGACUGCUGUGGAGGUCAACACAGUCAACAUGAACAGUGAUUUUUGUCAGAGUGAAGGAAUAAUGUCUCGGCUCCUUCCCAGCAAUGCUCCAUUUCAGCUACAGUUGAUCAGCUUCCCCUGGAUAAACAAUAUCCAGAACAUCUCAGGCUCUACAGCCUUGACUCUGGUGGACCUGAGGACGAGGUCUGACACUGGCCAAGCCAAUGCAUCACCCCAGACCACCAUUGUGCCGGAAGUGAUCAUUCCUUCGAACUGUUACAUAGACUUCAACUUGCUGUCAUUUGACCCUGAUGGAGAUGAGGUUAAAUGCAGAUAUGGUGAUACAGCACUGUCUGAGUGUGACCCCUGCACGCCACCGUCUCUUCUCACCCUUUCACCUUCUUGCACUUUGUCCUUCAGCCCCACCAGUAGCAGUGACGAGGGUGCAUACGUCGUACAGAUGGUGAUGGAAGACUUUCCCCGACAGACUAUAACACUGACUCAAACCAAUGGCUCACAGGAGGUGAAGACCACCAGCGACAGUAUCAGCACAAUACCUGUCCAGUUUAUUUUAAGGGUGGGUUCUGUGGUACCAUCUUGCGUUGAGGGACUCUAUCUGCCCAUGUUUCUGCCUCCUACCCCAGUUAAUGGAGCUCGGCUUUAUGCUGCUGUCAGUGAGAACCUGGAAAUCAGCAUCAACGUAAAAGCGAACCUCUCCAUUGUUUCAGAUCUAGUGUUCAGUGGACCUUACAACAUGAGCCAGACUGUAUCUGGAGCAGGCCAGUUUAUCCUCACAUGGACACCAUCAGUCAAUGAAAAUGGACAAAGCCAAGCCAUCUGCUUUCUAGUCCAGGCAGAUUACAAUUCAGUCAAAUAUCAUUCUGAGCUGCGAUGUGUCAUUGUGACUGUUGGAGCAAGAAACUCAAAUACUACAACCAAUUAUCUAUCAACUAAGGCAUUAACUACCAUCACUCCAGCAAAUACAUUCCAAACAUCAACCACUAAUGCUGAUCUGUGUCCAAAUACUACACUAACAACAACCAUUGCAGUUGCUAUUAGACAAACAUUUCCGUCCACAACAUGUGUACAGGAAAGCUCAGUUGGUACUGAAGGAAACACAAUAAUAGGUCCUGUGAUGGUAACUAUACCUCAGAGCACAUCUAUUAGGGCAACUGUUACACAAGGAACAAAGACUAUGCCACAAAACCUAACAACAUCAAAUACACAGAUGUCACAGAGUACCAUUACCAUCCCUUUGAUAGUGACUAUACCACAAACAAUAACGGUGGAUGAUGGAAAUACAUUACAGAGUACAAAUGUUUCCUCUACACAAUCAGGCAAUAGCAUUUAUAUAACAACACAAAGCACAAUCAUCAUCAUUGAAAUGCAAAAUAUAUCAGCCACCACGGCUGCAACACAAUCGGCAGUGUCGACAUUUAGCACAACUGAAACAGGAAGUACAACAUCAGAAUUGGUGACCACAACUACACCACAAACUACUACGACCAUAAUCACUCCAACAACAACCUCUACAGACAGCACAACAACUCCCGACUUCACAACAACACAACAGACCACAACAUUGACAUUUAGCACAACUGAAACAGGAAGUACAACAUCAGAAUUGGUAAAAUCAACUACACCACAAACUACAACUACCAUAAUCACUCCAACAACAACCUCCAAAGAAAGCACAACAACUCCUGACUUCACAACUACACAACAGACCACCAUGUCAACAUUUAGCACGACUGAAACAGGAAGUACAUCAGGAUUGGUGACAUCCACUACACCACAAACUACAACAACCAUAAUCGCUUCAAUAACAACAGCAGCAACAACCUCCAUAGACAGCACAACAACUCCUGACUUCACGACUACACCACAAACCACAGUGUCGACAUUUAGCACAACUGAAACAGGAAGUACAACAUCAGAUUUGGUGACAUCAACUACACCACAAACUACUAUGACCAUGAUCACUCCUAUAACAACGACAGCAACCAUCUCCAAAGAAAACACAACAACUCCCGACUUAACAACUACACAACAGACCACAACAUUAACUUCUAGCACAACUGAAACAGAAAGUACAACAUCAGGAUUGGUGACGUCAACUACACCACAAACUACAACAACCAUAAUCACUCCAAUAACAACAACAGCAACAACUGCCAGAGAAAGCACAACAACUCCCGACUUCACAACCACACAACAGACCACAACAUUGACAUUUAGCACAACAGAAAAUGGAAGUACAACAUCAGAAUUAGUGACAUCCACUACACCACAAACUACAACAACCAUAAUCGCUCCAAUAACAACAGCAGCAACAACCUCCAUUGACAGCACAACAUCUCCUGACUUCACGACAACACAACAAACCACAGUGUCGACAUUUAGCACAACUGAAACAGGAAGUACAACAUCAGAAUUGGUGACACCAACUAAAACAACCAUAUUCACUCCAACAACAACAACAGCAACAACAACAAUAGCAACAAACUCCACAAACAACACAACAACUCCUCCCUUCAUGACUACACAAGAACCCACAACGCUGACACUUAGGACAACUGAGACAGAAGGUACAACAUCAGGAUUGGUGAAUUCAACUACAACACAAACUACAUUGACUACAAUCACACCAACAACAACCUCCGCAGACAGCACAACAACUCCCGACUUCACAACUACACACCAGACCACAGUGUCGACAUCUAGCACAACUGAAAAAAUAAGUACAUCAGAAUUUGUGACAUUAACUACACCACAAACUACAACGACUAUUAUCACUCCAACAACAACCUCUACAGACAGCACAACAACUCCCGACUUCACAACAACACAACAGACCACAACAUUGACAUUUAGCACAACUGAAACAGGAAGUACAACAUCAGAAUUGGUAAAAUCAACUACACCACAAACUACAACUACCAUAAUCACUCCAACAACAACCUCCAAAGAAAGCACAACAACUUCUGACUUCACAACUACACAACAGACCACCAUGUCAACAUUUAGCACGACUGAAACAGGAAGUACAUCAGGAUUGGUGACAUCCACUACACCACAAACUACAACAACCAUAAUCGCUUUAAUAACAACAGCAGCAACAACCUCCAUAAACAGCAUAACAUCUCCUGACUUCACGACUACACAACAAACCACAGUGUUGACAUUUAGCACAACUGAAACAGGAUAUACAACAUCAGAAUUGGUGACACCAACUACAACAACCAUAUUCACUCCAACAACAACAACAACAACAAUAGCAACAAACUCCACAGACAACACAACAACUCCUCCCUUCAUGACUACACAAGAACCCACAACACUGACACUUAGGACAACUGAGAUAGAAGGUACAACAUCAGGAUUGGUGAAUUCAAAUACAACACAAACUACAUUGACUACAAUCACACCAACAACAACCUCCGCAGACAGCACAACAACUCCCGACUUCACAACUACACACCAGACCACAGUGUCGACAUCUAGCACAACUGAAAAAAUAAGUACAUCAGAAUUUGUGACAUCAACUACACCACAAACUACAACGACUAUUAUCACUCCAACAACAACCUCCACUGACAGCACAACAACUCUUGACUUAACAACUACACAACAGCCCACAACAUUAACUUCUAGCACAACUGAAACAGGAAGUACAACAUCAGAAUCGGUGACAUCAACUACACCACAAACUACAACGACUACAAUCAGUCCAACAACAACCUCCACAGACAGCACAACAACUCCUGACUUCACAACUACACAACAGACCACCAUGUCAACAUUUAGCACGCCUGAAACAGGAAGUACAUCAGGAUUGGUGACAUCAACUACACCACAAACUACAACAACCAUAAUCGCUCCAAUAACAACAGCAGCAACAACCUACAUAGACAACACAACAACUCCUGACUUCACGACUACACCACAAACCACAGUGUCGACAUUUAGCACAACUGAAACAGGAAGUACAACAUCAGAUUUGGUGACAUCAACUACACCACAAACUACUAUGACCAUGAUCACUCCUAUAACAACGAUAGCAACCAUCUCCACAGAAAACACAACAACUCCCGACUUAACAACUACACAACAGACCACAACAUUAACUUCUAGCACAACUGAAACAGAAAGUACAACAUCAGGAUUGGUGACGUCAACUACACCACAAACUACAACAACCAUAAUCACUCCAAUAACAACAACAGCAACAACUUCCAGAGAAAGCACAACAACUCCCGACUUCACAACUACACAACAGACCACAACAUUGACAUUUAGCACAACAGAAAAUGGAAGUACAACAUCAGAAUUAGUGACAUCCACUACACCACAAACUACAACAACCAUAAUCGCUCCAAUAACAACAGCAGCAACAACCUCCAUAGACAGCACAACAUCUCCUGACUUCACGACAACACAACAAACCACAGUGUCGACAUUUAGCACAACUGAAACAGGAAGUACAACAUCAGAAUUGUUGACACCAACUACAACAACCAUAUUCACUCCAACAACAACAACAGCAACAACAACAAUAGCAACAAACUCCACAAACAACACAACAACUCCUCCCUUCAUGAUUACACAAGAACCCACAACGCUGACACUUAGGACAACUGAGACAGAAGGUACAACAUCAGGAUUGGUGAAUUCAACUACAACACAAACUACAUUGACUACAAUCACACCAACAACAAGCUCCGCAGACAGCACAACAAUUCCCGACUUCACAACUACACACCAGACCACAGUGUCGACAUCUAGCACAACUGAAAAAAUAAGUACAACAUCAGAAUUUGUGACAUCAACUACACCACAAACUACAACGACUAUUAUCACUCCAACAACAACCUCCACUGACAGCACAACAACUCUCGACUUAACAACUACACAACAGCCCACAACAUUAACUUCUAGCACAACUGAAACAGGAAGUACAACAUCAGAAUCGGUGACAUCAACUACACCUCAAACUACAACGACUACAAUACCUCCAACAACAACCUCCAAAGAAAGCACAACAACUCCUGACUUCACAACUACACAACAGACCACCAUGUCAAUAUUUAGCACGCCUGAAACAGGAAGUACAUCAGGAUUGGUGACAUCCACUACACCACAAACUACAACAACCAUAAUCGCUCCAAUAACAACAGCAGCAACAACCUCCAUAGACAGCACAACAACUCCUGACUUCACGACUACACCACAAACCACAGUGUCGACAUUUAGCACAACUGAAACAGGAAGUACAACAUCAGAUUUGGUGACAUCAACUACACCACAAACUACUAUGACCAUGAUCACUCCUAUAACAACGACAGCAACCAUCUCCACAGAAAGCACAACAACUCCCGACUUAACAACUACACAACAGACCACAACAUUAACUUCUAGCACAACUGAAACAGGAAGUACAACAUCAGGAUUGGUGACAUCAACUACACCACAAACUACAACAACCAUAAUCACUCCAAUAACAACAACAGCAACAACUUCCAGAGAAAGCACAACAACUCCCGACUUCACAACCACACAACAGACCACAACAUUGACAUUUAGCACAACAGAAAAUGGAAGUACAACAUCAGAAUUAGUGACAUCCACUACACCACAAACUACAACAACCAUAAUCGCUCCAAUAACAACAGCAGCAACAACCUCCAUAAACAGCAUAACAUCUCCUGACUUCACGACUACACAACAAACCACAGUGUUGACAUUUAGCACAACUGAAACAGGAAAUACAACAUCAGAAUUGGUGACACCAACUACAACGACCAUGUUCACUCCAACAACAACAACAACAACAACAAUAGCAACAAACUCCACAGACAACACAACAACUCCUCCCUUCAUGACUACACAAGAACCCACAACACUGACACUUAGGACAACUGAGAUAGAAGGUACAACAUCAGGAUUGGUGAAUUCAAAUACAACACAAACUACAUUGACUACAAUCACACCAACAACAACCUCCGCAGACAGCACAACAACUCCCGACUUCACAACUACACACCAGACCACAGUGUCGACAUCUAGCACAACUGAAAAAAUAAGUACAUCAGAAUUUGUGACAUCAACUACACCACAAACUACAACGACUAUUAUCACUCCAACAACAACCUCCACUGACAGCACAACAACUCUUGACUUAACAACUACACAACAGCCCACAACAUUAACUUCUAGCACAACUGAAACAGGAAGUACAACAUCAGAAUCGGUGACAUCAACUACACCACAAACUACAACGACUACAAUCAGUCCAACAACAACCUCCACAGACAGCACAACAACUCCUGACUUCACAACUACACAACAGACCACCAUGUCAACAUUUAGCACGCCUGAAACAGGAAGUACAUCAGGAUUGGUGACAUCAACUACACCACAAACUAUAACAACCAUAAUCGCUCCAAUAACAACAGCAGCAACAACCUACAUAGACAACACAACAACUCCUGACUUCACGACUACACAACAAACCACUGUGUCGACAUUUAGCACAACUGAAACAGGAGGUACAACAUCAGAAUUGGUGACACUAACUACAACGACCAUAUUCACUCCAACAACAACAACAGCAACAACAACAACAGCAACAACCUCCACAGACAGCACAACAACUCCUGACUUCACAACUACACAACAGACCACCAUGUCAACAUUUAGCACGCCUGAAACAGGAAGUACAUCAGGAUUGGUGACAUCAACUACACCACAAACUAUAACAACCAUAAUCGCUCCAAUAACAACAGCAGCAACAACCUACAUAGACAACACAACAACUCCUGACUUCACGACUACACAACAAACCACUGUGUCGACAUUUAGCACAACUGAAACAGAAGGUACAACAUCAGAAUUGGUGACACUAACUACAACGACCAUAUUCACUCCAACAACAACAACAGCAACAACAACAACAGCAACAACCUCCACAGACAGCACAACAACUCCUGACUUCACAACUACACAACAGACCACCAUGUCAACAUUUAGCACGCCUGAAACAGGAAGUACAUCAGGAUUGGUGACAUCCACUACACCUCAAACUACAACAACCGUAAUCGCUCCAAUAACAACAGCAGCAACAACCUCCAUAGACAGCACAACAACUCCUGACUUCACGACUACACAACAAACCACAGUGUCGACAUUUAGCACAACUGAAACAGGAAGUACAACAUCAGAAUUGGUGACACCAACUACAACGACCAUAUUCACUCCAACAACAACAACAACAACAGCAACAACCUUCACAGACAGCACAACAAUUCCUCUCUUCACGACUACACAAGAAGCCACAACACUGACACUUAGCACAACUGAAACAGGAAGUACAACACCAGGGUUGGUGACAUCAACUACAUCUCAAACUACAACGACUACAAUCAGUCCAACAACCACCUCCACAGACAGCACAACAACUCCCGACUUCACAAAUACACAACAGACCACCAUGUCAACAUCUAGCACGACUGAAACAGGAAGUACAUCAGGAUUGGUGACAUCCACUACACCACAAAGUACAAUAACCAUAUUCGCUCCAAUAACAACAGCAGCAACAACCUCCAUAGACAGCACAACAUCUCCUGACUUCACGACUACACAACAAACCACAGUGUCGACAUUUAGCACAACUGAAACAGGAAGUACAACAUCAGGAUUGGUGACACCAACUACACCACGAACUACAACGACCAUAUUCACUCCAGCAACAACAACAGCAACAACAACAGCAACAACAACAGCAACAGCAACCACAACAGCAACAGCAACAGAAACAACCUCCACAGACAGCACAACAAGUCCUCCUUUCAUGACCAAACAAGAAGCCACAACAUUGACAUUUAGCACAACUGAAAUAGGAAGUAAAACAUCAGGAUUGGUGACAUCCACUACUAACACAACCACAACAACAACUUAUUCCACGGAAAAUCCAACUAAUCCUUCUUUUUCGUCACUCAGCCCAUCAACCACUGGUACAUCACCCACUUCUACCACAUUAUCUCCUCUAGUAAUUAUAUCCCCUUCCCCAUGUCGUGGUACUUCACAAACCACAACUAUCAAUUUCAUCAUUACUCAAAUUGUUCCUUCUACCUUUUGUUUGCCACAAGCCAAUACAACAGUACAGGUAAAUACUCCCAAACCAAAUAGUACAACAACCAAUUCCAGUGCUCUUACGACACCCACGCUUCAGAGUACAAUCUUGAGUACAUUGAUACCCGUUUCUUCGAAAUCUAUACCACAAAGUACAACCAUAAGCCAAAAUAAUGAUUCUAACACACCAACACAAAAUGCUACCAGUUCGUCUACAACAAUAGCUGUGCCAACAACAAGUCCAUCAUCAUCAACAGUUCAACCCACAUCUACUAUGACCUCUUCUACUACCAGUGAUUCAAACACUGACUCAAAUGUCGUUGGUCUGAGAGCAUUUAUUUCUGCUUCGUCUCCACUGUCUGAUGACUCCAUCAGGAUUAUUGUUGAGCAGCAGCUUAAAGAAGAACUGGUUAGACGAGGGCUUCCAGCAAACAUCACUUUUCUACUCAUUAGUAGUGUGAAAGUUACAACAAGAGUGAACAGUGGUGGUUGAAAAUAAUAAAUGACUGCUUUAAAUUGAUAUUAAACCUGUUAGUAGACUUUUACAUUAGCUUCCUUAUGUGUUUGCAAAGUGUGCCAACAGUCACUGGAUGCAAAGCACAGCAUUCAUGAGGCAGACAUCUAUUUUAUUUAUGUAUCAACAUGGAUUUUUAUUUUUGUAGGUUAAUGACUAAAUCUGAACCUAUGUUAUUUUUCUCUAGGCUGUUUCUGUAGAUAUUCAGCAUCUUUGUGUUGUGUCUGACAGUUUUUUUUUGGUUGCUUCAGGUUAAUCUCUUGUCUGAAUACAUUUCUAGUCAUUUCUGCUCUUGUUUUCUGAGACAGUGUUGUUUUGACAGUGCGAUCAAUCUUUGUAGUCAUGUAAUGAUUUGUUGCUCUAUAUUUACUGUAAUGAAAAUUUCAUUAAUGUGAAGGUAUUUUAGAUUACGAUAGCAAUUUGAUACUGUAUAUCUAUAUAAUCCAAUGAGCAUUCAACAUAAAAGGAUAAAAUGCAUGAACACCCUGUUCUUUGUAUGUUACUUUCACUGAGCUGUGAAUGAUCAUGAAACUGUUUAGGCAGAUAAGACGUCACAUCUUGACUCCUUGGCAAGAAUAUAGAUAUUAAGGGAAGCAGAGAGAGAGAUUUCAAUCCACACUCUCGCAGGGCAACUGCACUGUUUCUGUGUACUUCUCUUCUUGCAAGUAGAAACCACAGAAAGACAACUUUGAUUAACUCUGUAUUGAUUCAUCAGUUCCCAACAUUUUUGUCUCUACAUUUACUUUUAGAAAUAAAGUACAUGACAACACCUAGUUCUGUGUAGAAUUCUGCAGAGAAUACUGUAUUUGCAGAGCAAUGAGGUUAAUUAGAGACUCUAAGUUGCCCAAAGUUGUGAGUGAGUGAUUUUCUGUGUCUAUACUGUAUGUGGCCUUGUGUUCAACAGGUGACGUGGACCAGACUCCAGCAGGAGAGAAUGACUUUCUUGAUCUUUUAUUUUGUAUAUCUGUAUGUAUUCUGGUUUAAAAAGUAGCAACCUUGGUCACAACACCAGGCGGAUUUUUAUUGCGCCAAAUCGGCUCCUAAUGCACAAAAUGUGGCAAAAGCUAAAUGUGCAAGGACUGAAAGAACAAAAGACAAUGGAAAAAACAUGGAAAACCUCCUACAUGUCACUGUGCCAACAGUUGAUUUGCUUUGAUAACGAUCAAAAAUCCAGGGAUUCAUUCACAGUAAUUACUCAAAACAUCUCAGUCUCAAAAUUUCAAGGGAAAUUUUACAACAAUUUGCUCUUUCUCUCUUCUGGUUGCCAGGAUGUGCAGCCAGCACACUGUGUAGGGGGUGGAGGUGUUGUCUAGGAUGGAGAGGAGUUGGACCAGCAUCCUCCUCUCAGCUACAGCAUGUAGGGGUCCAGCUGCACCCCCAGAACAGAACCAGCCCUCCUGAUCAGUGUGUCCAGUCUGUUACUGUCUGCUACAUUCAUGCUGCUGCACCACAGACCACAGCGUAGAACACUGGACCCACAGACUCAUAGAACAUCCUCCGCAUGGAGCUGCAGACGUUAAAGGACCUGAGCCUCCUCAGGAAGUACAUCCUGCUCUGAGCCUUCUUGUUCAUGGCUGAGGAGUUCUUUUUCCAGUCCAGUUUAUUGUCCAAGUACACUCCCAGGUAUUUGUACUCGGUCACCACCUCCACCUCUUCCUUUUUAAUAGUAAGAGGAAUGACAACACUCCCAGAUUUCCUAAAGUCUAUCACCAGCUCUUUAGUUUUAUUGAUAUUCAGUUGGAGGUGGUUCUGUCCACACCAGUCCACGAAGCUGUUCACCACUGCCUGAUACUGUGUAAUGUCACCACCAUAGACAUGUCCUACAAUAGUAGAGUCAUCAGAGAACUUCUAUGACAGGACAGUUGUACAUGAAGUCUGAGGUGUACAGGGUGAAGGGGAAGGGAGACAGGACUGGAGGGCGUCAACUGAGGGUUUGACCAGAGAACGCAUGGAGUUCAGGAUCAGCCUCUGAAAAGCCUUCAUGAUGUGAGAGGUCAGAUCUGGCGUCUUAUUCAUUGGCACAAUGCAUGACUUUUUCCACCCAAGUGAUAGUCUCUCCAGCUGCAGGCGCAGGUUGAAGAUGUGUUGGACAGCGGAUCAACAGUUGAUCUGCUGUGAUUGUGCGUGAGGUGGGGGUGGAUGAGUCCUGUGGGUGAUGUGAGGGAGGGCCCAACGUGAGCAGCGGAGGGUUUAGAGGCCCAACCUGGAAACUGUUAAAUAAGUUAUUAAGUUCACUGGCUCUGUCCUCAGACCCCUCAGUCACCUGGUUGUCACUGUCACAGUCUGUUCAAAGUCAAAGUCUGAACAAAUAAUUGAACCAAGCAGGUUCCUCCUGAAAGUUCUCCACCAACCAUCAGACGUUUCCAGGUGACAAAUGCUGAGGCACCUCUGGGCUUUGAACCCAGGACCUUUUGUCUUAGACAAACACUUUGACCAGAUAAAACCAGAGCUAUGAGUCGCUUCCUUAGUCCUGUUUGACUGUCUGUCCAUCUGCCUCCACCGGCUGGAGGUGGGAGAGGAGAGACGACCACCCACAGCUUCAGACUCACUAAAGGGUUUGUGCAGGUCCAGCACCACUGCUCAUAGUCGACCAGGCUCAGCUUGGUUCCUUCUUGGUAAAAUGAUCAAAGGUCUCAGUGAUGAGGAGGAAACUAAGAGUUGGAGCAGACAAAGAACAGUCCACUCUGCGUUUCCUCCUGUUCACUCACAACAAGCUUUAACAUUUCACUGAGCUGCAGUUUGGAUCAUGUGAACACGUGAUGACAUCGUCACAUGAACGCGUUGUGUUGGUCCUGUUAAUCCAGACGCCUGCUGUCGCUGAAUGAUAGGUUUCACUCUGUGUACGCAGUUGGUUAUAAGUAUAACCAUAAAUAUAUAAGUAUAUAUAGCUACAGUGUUUUCAGGCCAAUAAAUUAAAUUAUUACUACUGGAAAAAAGUUUAAUAUUGAAGUUUAAUAA